ACGUAACUUAAUUCACUUAACGGUCACUUUUAUAACUAAUCAAAAUGGCAUUCAAGUUUGUCGCUGUUUUUGCUUUGCUCGCUGUCGCCAAUGCCGGCUUCCUUCCAGCUGCUCAAGUCUACCAUGCUGGCCCUGCUGCUGUCGUCAAGACUGUUGCUCCAGUAGCCCACUAUGCUGCUCAACCUGUUUUGGCUAAAGCCGACAACGAAUACGAUCCCCAUCCUCAAUACAAAUAUGGAUACAAUGUACAAGACAACAUUUCUGGUGACUCCAAGAGCCAAGUUGAAGAACGUGAUGGUGAUGUUGUCCGUGGUGAAUACUCUUUGAUUGAUGCUGAUGGCUACAGACGUACCGUUCAAUAUACUGCCGAUCCCAUCAAUGGCUUCAACGCUGUUGUGAACCGUGAACCCCUUGUCAAAGCUGUAGUUGCCCCCACUAUUGUGAAAACUGUUGCUCCAGUUGCCCAUUAUGCUGCUGCUCCCGUUGCCCAUUACGCUGCUGCUCCCGUUGCCCAUUACGCCGCUGCCCCAGCAGUAGUCAAGACUGUUGCCCCCGUAGCUCACUAUGCUGCUCCAUCUUACACCACCUACUCUGCGCCAGCCCACUACGUUGCCCAUCAUUUCAUCACUUUCUUCGCUGCCUGUCUAGCUGUUGCCAGCGCCGGUGUCAUCCCAGCUGCUGCUCCUUUGGCCGCCGUUGCCCAAGUUGAGGAAUACGAUCCCCAUCCCCAAUACUCUUACGGUUAUGAUGUUAAGGAUGCCAUCACUGGCGAUUCCAAGACCGCUGUUGAAACUCGUGAUGGUGGUUUUGUUCAAGGUCAAUACUCUUUGAAUGACGCUGAUGGUUACAGACGCAUUGUUGACUACACAUCCGACCCCAUCAAUGGCUUCAACGCUGUUGUCCGUCGUGAACCUUUGGUAGCCGCUGUUGCUGCUGCUCCUGUCGUCAAAGCUGCUCCAGUUGUAGCCGCCCCUGCUGCCGUUCCCUUCACAUAUGCCGCUACCCCUGUCGUUCAACACGCAGCUCCCUUGGUUGCUAGCCCAGCUGUAGUGAAAACUACUUUCGCAUCUCCCCUUAUCUCUUAUGCUUAUUAGAUAAAUGCUUUCGGAUUGAUUGCGACUGAUAGUUGUUAAGGAUUAAUAAAGUUGUGAUGAAUGUUUUAGUUAUUUUAUUUUAAAAA